AUGGAGCUAGUCUGGCAUUUAGUCCUUAUUGUCCUCCUAAGUUUUUCUUGUUGGGGGUUAGACUGGGAAUCUGAUAGAAACUUCAUUUCAGCUGCUGGUCCUCUAACCAGCGACUUGCUACACAACCUGAGGGGUCCACUGGGAAACCAGGAUGCUCCCUUUGUAAUAGGAGACAAAGAAAUUUAUGUUUGUCACCAGCCACUGCCCUCUUUCCUGCCAGAGUACUUUAGCAGUGUUCGUGCCAUUAUGAUCACUCAUUACAAAGUAUUUCUGCCGUGGGCACAGCUACUCCCAGAAGGAACCUCCAAGAACCCAGACAAGGAAACAGUGCAGUGCUACCGGCAACUCCUUGAGGCCCUCAAGAGUGCUCAGCUUCAGCCCCUGGUGGUCCUGCACCACCAGACCCUUCCUGCCAGCACCGUCCAGAGAACUGAGGCCUUUGCUGAUCUCUUUGCUGACUAUGCCUCCUUCAUCUUCCACUCCUUUGGGGACCUAGUUGAGAUCUGGUUCACUUUUAGUGACUUGGAGGAAGUGAUAAUGGAGCUUCCCCACCAGGAAUCAAGAUCUUCACGUCUCCAGAUCCUCACUGAUGCCCACAGAAAAGCCUAUGAGAUUUUCCAUGAAAAAUAUGCUUCUCAAGGCCAAAAGCUCUCUGUCGUCCUGCGAGCCCAGGUGGUCUCCGAGCUCCUGCUAGAACCGUCUACGUCUGCACUUGCCAAGGACGCAGUUGACUUCCUCUCUCUAGAUUUAUCUUAUGGAUGCCAAAGCGAGGCAGGUUUCCGGCAGAAGCUGAGUCAAUUGCAGACUAUUGAGCCAAAAGUGGAAGUUUUCAUCUUCAAUCUGAAACUCCAGGACUGCCUCUCCAUGAGGAAGAACCCAGCUGAUCAGUUCUUCAGCCUUCUCACAGCCAUAAGGGAAGAACAAGUGCUCACCAUUGGGUUUGAUCUUAGUACAUUCCUGAGCUGUUCAUCAAGUUCCAAGAAAAGCUGGUCUUGUUCUCUGACUGACAACCUGACCCUCCAGACUCUCCUGCAGCUGGACCUGGAGACAGCAGUAGACUCCUCUCUGCCCCACUCAGCCUAUCAGAGAGUCUGGGAAAUGUUUGCCAACCAGUCCAGGGCAGAAAGGGAUGCUUUCCUGCAGGAUGUUUUUCCUGAGGGUUUCCUCUGGGGCGUCUCCACAGGGGCUUUUAAUGUGGAAGGAGGCUGGGCCGAGGACGGAAGAGGGGCGAGCAUCUGGGACAGAGUCGGGCACCAGAACACCGGCAAGGGCCAAGCAACGCCAGAGGUGGCCAGUGACAGUUACCACAAGGUGGACACUGACGUCGCCCUGCUUCGUGGCCUCCGGGCCCAGGUCUACAAGUUCUCCAUCUCCUGGUCCCGCAUCUUCCCCACUGGGCAGGGGCAGAGCCCCAACCUCCGGGGCGUCGCCUACUACAACAUGCUGAUCGACAGGCUGCUGGACUCGCAUAUCGAGCCCAUGGCCACGCUGUCCCACUGGGACCUGCCUCAGGCCCUGCAGGAUCGCGGCGGGUGGCAGAAUGAGAGCAUGGUGGAUAUCUUCCUGGACUAUGCGGCCUUCUGCUUCUCCACGUUUGGGGACCGUGUGAAGCUGUGGGUGACCUUCCAUGAGCCGUGGGUGAUGAGCUACGCGGGCUACGGCACCGGCCAACACGCACCAGGCAUCUCCAGCCCAGGGGUGGCCUCUUUUAAGGUGGCUCACGUGGUGCUCAAGGCUCAUGCCAGGGCUUGGCACCACUACAACAGCCAACAUCGCCCACAGCAGCAGGGGCGGGUAGGCAUUGUACUGAACUCAGACUGGGCAGAGCCCCUGUCCCCAGGGAGGCCUGAGGACCGGAGAGCCUCUGAACGCUUCCUGCACUUCAUGCUGGGCUGGUUUGCACACCCCAUCUUUGUGGAUGGAGACUACCCGGCUGCCCUGAGAGCCCAGAUCCAACAGACAAACAAACAGUGCCCCAGUCCUGUGGCCCAGCUCCCUAAGUUCACCGAGGCAGAGAAGCAGCUCCUGAAGGGCUCCGCUGACUUUCUGGGUCUGUCCCAUUACACUUCCCGCCUCAUCAGCAAGGCCCAAGGAGAUACCUGCGUCCCCAGCUAUGAUACCAUUGGAGGCUUCUCCCAACACGUGGACCCUGCGUGGCCCCAGACCGAAUCCCCUUGGAUUCGUGUGGUACCCUGGGGUAUAAGGAGGCUGUUGCAGUUUGUAUCCUUGGAAUACACAAGAGGCAAAGUUCCAAUCUACCUGGCUGGGAAUGGCAUGCCCAUAGGGGAAAGUGAAGAUCUCAUCAAUGAUUCCUUGAGAAUUGACUACUUCAAUCAAUAUAUCAACGAGGUGCUCAAGGCUGUCAAGGAGGACUCAGUGGAUGUUCAAUCUUACAUUGCUCGUUCCCUCAUCGACGGCUUCGAAGGCCCCUCUGGGUACAGCCAGAGGUUUGGGCUGUACCAUGUCAACUUCAACGACAGCAGCAGGCCAAGGACUCCCAGGAAAUCUGCCUACUUUUUCACCAGCAUGAUUGAAAAGAAUGGUUUCCUCACCAAGGUAGUAAAAAGACUGCCACCACCCAGUAAAGCAAACGUCCCCCGGAAAAUCAGAGCCUUCACGUUUCCAUCCGAGGUACCCUCCAAGGCUAAAGUAGUCUGGGAAAAGUUCUCCAACCAACCCAAGUUUGAAAGAGAUUUGUUCUACCACAGCACGUUCCGGGAUGACUUCCUGUGGGGCGUGUCCUCGUCAGCCUAUCAGAUUGAAGGAGCUUGGGAUGCUGACGGCAAAGGCCCCAGCAUCUGGGAUAAUUUUACCCACACACCAGGGAGCAACGUGAAAAACAGUGCUACUGGAGACAUAGCCUGUGACAGCUAUAACCAUCUGGAUGCUGAUCUGAACAUGCUUCGAGCUCUGAAGGUGAAGGCCUAUCGCUUCUCCAUCUCCUGGUCUCGGAUUUUCCCGACUGGAAGAAACACUUCUGUCAACAUACGUGGUGUUGAUUAUUACAACAGGCUGAUUGAUGGCUUGGUGGCAAGCAGCAUCUCUCCCAUGGUGACACUGUUCCACUGGGACCUGCCCCAGGCCCUCCAGGAUAUUGGAGGCUGGGAGAAUCCUUCCUUGAUUGAGUUGUUUAACAGCUAUGCAGACUUUUGUUUCCAGACCUUUGGUGACAGAGUCAAGUUCUGGAUGACUUUUAAUGACCCCACAUCCCAGGCAUGGUUGGGGUAUGGCUCAGGGAAAUUUCCCCCAAAUGUGAACGACCCAGGCUGGGGACCUUACAGAAUUGGCCAUGCAAUCAUCAAAGCUCAUGCCAGAGUCUAUCACACUUACGAUGAGAAGUACAGGCAAGAGCAGAAGGGGGUCAUCUCUUUGAGCCUCGGUGCACACUGGGCAGAGCCCCAGUCGCCGGGGGUCCCCAGGGAUGUGGAGGCAGCUGACCGAAUGCUGCAGUUCUCACUGGGCUGGUUCGCCCACCCCAUCUUCCGAAACGGAGACUAUCCCGAUGCCAUGAAGUGGAAAGUGGGGAACAGGAGUGAACUACAGCACUUAGCCACCUCCCGCCUGCCCAGCUUCACUGAGGAAGAGAAGAGGUACAUCUCAGCUACGGCCGACGUGUUCUGCCUCAACACCUACUCCUCCAGAAUCGUGCGGCAUGCAACACCCAGGUUAAACCCGCCCUCCUAUGAAGAUGAUCGGGAGCUGACCGAGAGGGAAGACUCUUCCUGGCCCUCCACGGCAGUGAACAGAGCUGCAUCCUGGGGGAUGCGAAGACUGCUCAACUGGAUCAAGGAAGAGUAUGGGGACGUCCCCAUUUACAUCACUGAAAACGGAGCAGGGCUGACAGAUCCGAAAGUGGAAGAUACCAAUAGGAUAUUUUACCACAAAACCUAUAUCAAUGAAGCUUUGAAAGCCUACAGGCUCGACGGUGUCGACCUUCGAGGAUAUGCUGCAUGGUCCCUGAUGGACAGUUUUGAGUGGCUAAAUGGCUACACGGUCAAGUUCGGACUGUACCAUGUUGAUUUCAAUAACGUGAACAGGCCUCGCACAGCAAGAGCCUCUGCCAGGUACUACACGGAGGUCAUCAUCAGUAACGGCAUGCCGCUGCCCAAGGAAGACGAGUUUCUCUAUGGACAGUUUCCCAAGGGCUUCAGCUGGAGUGUGGCUACCGCUUCAUAUCAGAUCGAAGGUGCGUGGAGAGCAGAUGGCAAAGGGCUCAGUAUUUGGGACACGUUUUCUCACACACCACUGAGAGUUGGGAAUGAUGACACUGGAGACGUGGCCUGUGACAGUUAUCACAAGAUUGCCGAGGAUGUGGUCGCCCUGCAGAACCUGGGUGUGACCCACUAUCGCUUUUCCAUCUCUUGGACUCGCAUCCUCCCUGACGGAACUACCAAAUACAUCAACGAAGCGGGCCUGAACUACUACAUGCGGCUCAUCGACGCGCUGCAGGCUGCCAGCAUCCAGCCCCAGGUGACCAUUUACCACUGGGACCUGCCGCAGGCACUCCAGGACAUCGGAGGCUGGGAGAAUGAGACGGUUGUACAGCGGUUUAAGGAGUAUGCAGAUGUGCUCUUCCAGAGGCUGGGGGACAAGGUGAAGUUCUGGAUCACACUGAACGAGCCCUUUGUCAUUGCUAACCAGGGCUAUGGCUAUGGGACAGCAGCUCCAGGAAUCUCCUCCAGGCCUGGCACUGGUCCCUACAUUGCUGGCCACAACCUAAUAAAGGCUCACGCUGAGGCCUGGCAUCUGUACAACGAUGUGUACCGCGCCCGUCAAGGUGGCAUGAUUUCCAUCACCAUCAGCAGCGACUGGGCUGAGCCUAGAGACCCCUCCAACCAGGAGGAGGUGGAGGCCGCCAGGAGAUACGUUCAGUUCAUGGGAGGCUGGUUCGCACAUCCGAUUUUCAAGAAUGGGGAUUACCCCGAGGUGAUGAAGACACGGGUCCGUGACAGGAGCUUGGCGGCAGGCCUCAACAAGUCUCGGCUCCCUGAGUUCACAGAGAGUGAGAAGAGGAGGAUCAACGGCACCUAUGACUUUUUUGGGUUCAAUCACUACACCACUGUCCUGGCCUACGAUCUCAACUAUGCCUCUUGGAUCUCUUCCUUCGAUGCAGACAGGGGAGUUGCCUCCGUCACAGAUCGCUCUUGGCCAGACUCUGGCUCCUUCUGGCUGAAGAUGACACCUUUCGGCUUCAGGAGGAUCCUGAACUGGUUAAAAGAGGAGUACAACAACCCCCCGAUCUACGUAACAGAAAAUGGAGUGUCCCAGCGGGAAGAAUCAGACCUCAACGACACUGCUAGGAUCUACUACCUCCGCAGUUACAUCAACGAGGCGCUCAAAGCUGUGCAGGAUAAGGUGGACCUUCGAGGAUACACGGUUUGGACUCUGAUGGACAACUUUGAGUGGGCCACAGGCUUCGCAGAGAAGUUCGGUGUGCAUUUCGUGAACUAUACUGACACUUCUCUGCCAAGGAUCCCCAAAGCGUCGGCCAAGUUCUACGCCUCCAUAGUCCGGUGCAACGGCUUCCCUGACCCCGCUGCAGGGCCACACCCUUGUCUGCAGCAAGAUGCUGAGCCCACCGCCAGCCCCAUGAGAGAAGAGGACGUUCAGUUCCUGGGGCUCAGGCUGGGUACAACAGAGGCCCAGACAGCACUGUAUGUACUCUUUGCUCUAAUGCUUCUUGGAGUCUCUGGUGUGGCAUUUCUGUCCUACAAGUACUGUAAGCACUCCAAGCAAAAGCAAACACAACCAGGUGAACAGGAAUUGAGCCAUAGUUCUUCACUCUGACCUCAAGUUACCACCUCCUCCAGUUCUGCAAAAUAGGCCUAGUUUCUUUGAAGCCUUUGCCACCUCCAGGACCACUGAGGAUCUUAUAAUUUACCCAUAACAGAGUUUGUAAAAGUCUCUGCACUAUUAGAUACUAAUUAAACUUGAAGGAUUUCAAGUCUCUGAUUAAAAUGGAAAUAUCUCCACCUUGCCCCAGUAUCAGGAAUUCACGUGCGCAUUAGAUGACCCUGCGAGUGGCUCUUGUGGAAAUAAGUAGAUACUGAAUGCGUCUACUGGUUCUGUGAGCCACUGAACUGGGCUGUUUUAAUUUUCAGAGAUUUUAAAGGCAAAAACAUUAGUAAGAACCAUAUCAAUCCUUUUCAUAAAAAUUCAACUGCAAUGUCACCUCCUGCCCUCUCUUCAGGCUCCCUCCCAGACGCUUACCUUGUGUUCCUCAGAAACUAAAAAAGGUGCUAUUAACUGUGUCCUAUCUAUCUUCUAUGGGUGCUUCUCCUUGAGAAGGCAGGUUCCACAGAAGUUAUGACUGUCUGCUUGUAUAGCUUCACCACAGUAAUCCUCUGCUGUUAGCUUUUGGAGGCCAGAGGGCCACGUCUCAGUGUUCCUGGCAGGCACAUUUUGGAGACAGGGCAGAGGAAACACACCCGCUGCAUUUGUGUGCUCAUUCACAAAACAUGCUGAGUAGCAGCGAGUCUUUAUCAAUGCCCCUUGGAGGUGCUAAUCAGACAG